CACCUGUAAUCCCAGAUGUUCAUCGAAGAAAUAGGUUCACUGAAUGAAGCAAAGGAACACAUUGGCUUGUUUUGAAAAUUUUACUUCUUUGUUUGAGGUAUGUAGGAGGAUCUAUAGUUAUGUAUAGACGAGUUUCCUUCCCAGCCCCAGCACUUGGUUGCGUGUGUCCCAACCAAGAUAUCAGCUCACAAUCGCUGAUACGGAUUAUUGCCAAUCCGUUGCCAUCCGUCCCGUCCCAUUCCCAUCCUCCCGUCGUCUCCAGAGGUCCCAAACUCCAAGACAGGUUCUGCAGGAACAUACAGAACAUGUCCGCCCAGGCACAGCCCACAGGAAGCCGACCCGAUGCUCGCUUGCAACUUCGAGUAUGCAAUUAUAAUGAAACGGGUGGUACAAAAGGUGUACUCAAUGAGCCGGGGGAUAAAAGUGUAGAUACCGAAUGCCGGACGAGAGAAAGCCGCCGCCGCCAAACGUGGUAAACAUCAAAAAAAUGCCUCUCCAGUUGCCGUUGUAACCCAGGGUAU